AGACCAAGAAUGAACAUGACAAAAUACGAGAACUAUCCCAGCAGCUAGCUAUUUGGAAAAAGCGAGCAGCAACCUAUAAAAGGCACUUGGAAAUGAUUUUUGAGCACAUUGAGGAGCAUGAUCAGUCUCUAUCAAAGAAGAUUGAAAACAUUGUAAACAAUGUAAGGGAGAUGGAGUCCAAAGAGCAGCAUAAAUCAUAG